AUGGCCAGAACCAGAUCGAAAGGGCCAGCCUCACCUGUAGCGAACAAGGUAAAGGAACAAAGCAAAGUUACCAAGCCAAAGAAAACAACCAAACCAUCGCCUAAGAAGGACUCCAAACCAAAAGCUGAUCCUCAAGAAGAAGAUAUUGUUGAUUUGAAACAGAACGAUGCGUCCUUCAUAAUCAGCAACAAGGUAACUGACAAGGCAAUUUCAGAACUCAAAAGCUAUAUAGCAAGAGAACAAAGCAAAAGAGAAAAAAAAGCCUCUCAAAAUCCAUCUUCAAAGUCUCAAUUGUUUGAUGAUGAGGAUUCAGACGACUCCACAUUGACCUUAGUCGUGGAGUCAAAAAAAUUUUUGAGCUCAAAACCUCAAUUCAAACCAAAGAGCAUAAAGUUGUUCAAGUCUAUAAAUGACGCUUCAAUAAAAUCGUGUUUGAUAAUUCGGGACCAGCUUGUCAAGUCCGAUCAGGAAAUUGAAAAAAUUGAAGAAGCAAACUUGCCUACAGUCUCACAGAUACUACCAUUGCAAUCAAUAAAGACAGAAUACAAGCCGUAUGAAAAGAGACGUGAAUUGCAUUCGAGUUUUGAUUUGUUUUUCGUCGAUGACGCCGUGUUAAACACCAUGCCAACCUCAUUGGGUAAAAUCUUUUACCAAACAAGCAAAUAUCCACUUCCUGUGAGAGUUAGCACUUCAGGAAACAAGAAGGAGUUGUCGUUGACUACUUUAUCAAAUCAGUUGCAAAAGGCUUUGUCCAGUACAAGCUAUUUGCCACCCCAGGGAACCACCGUGUCGAUCAAAAUUGGCUCCAUCAAUGACGAAUUCACACUUGAGGAUUUGAACAAGAAUAUAAAUGCUGUUGCGUCUAGUUUCAACAUUUCCACUAUUAAAUCCAUCAUGUUGAAGACGGCAACUUCCCCUGCAUUGCCAUUGUAUUAUACAGAUAAAUUGUAUGACGAGGAUGAUAUCUUUGUGGAAACCAAGGAGGAAACUACAAACGGAGAUGAGCUUUCAGCUUUCGAAAAGGGAUUGUUGGAAUUGGGUGAUGCUGAGACAGUUGCCAAGGUUAUCGGUAAAAAGUUAGGGGAGAAAAAGAGGGCUGCAGCAAAGGGAAAGGUAAAGAAACUUAGAAAGUAG